UCAUUGUGAGUUGUGUGAUUGGCUUUCUACAACACACAUUUGAUUCGACCAUUGUUCUCUCUAUCUCUUAACAACCGGAAUUUUUUUCAAACGACGUCGUCUCAUAGCCCAAACACCUCAAACCACACAUGUUCGUGUGUCGAUAUCUCUCACUUUCCCGAUUCCAAAACCAUCUUCCUCUAAGAAUCCGUCGUUUUCUCGGGAAAAACCCAAAUCCAAUGACCCAUUUCUCCACAUUUUCCGAGAAUCAAACAAAGCCACAUGAGAAGAUGUCCAACCUCUACGGCGUAGAACACAAAACCCUAAAAGUAAACGGCAUAAACAUGCACGUGGCGGAGAAACCCGCAUCCGGAUCCGGAACCGGAUCAGGAGAAGAUCCGAUCAUUCUCUUUAUCCACGGAUUCCCGGAGCUUUGGUACACGUGGCGACACCAGAUGGCUGCGCUUUCUUCCUUGGGAUACCGUACCAUCGCGCCGGAUCUUAGAGGGUACGGAGACACAGACGCACCGGAGAAAGUUGAGGAUUACACUUACUUAAACGUGGUUGGAGACUUGGUUGCACUGAUCAACGCCGUGACCGAUGGAGACAAGGCGGUUUUCGUGGUUGGCCAUGACUGGGGAGCGAUGCUAGCGUGGCAGUUGUGUCAGUAUCGACCGGACAAAGUGAAGGCUCUAGUCAAUAUGAGCGUACUUUUCUCUCCGAGGAACUCUGAACGAGUUCCGGUUCCGACGUUGAGACAUAUCUUCGGUGAUGAUUAUUACAUAUGCAGAUUUCAGAAACCUGGAGAGAUAGAAGCAGAGUUCAUGAAGUUGGGAACAGAGAAGGUGUUGAAAGAGUUCCUCACCUACAAAACGCCUGGACCGCUCCAUCUCCCCAAAGGCAAAUGUUUCGAAUGCUCAGAAAACGAUGCGUGUGCGUUACCACCGUGGUUAACACAAGAAGACCUCGACUAUUACGUCACCAAGUACGACAAGAAAGGCUUCACCGGACCCAUUAACUACUACCGCAACAUUGACCGAAAUUGGGAGCUGACUGCACCAUGGACCGGUGCUAAGAUCCAUGUACCGGUGAAGUUCAUAGUAGGAGAUCAGGAUUUAACGUACAAUUUUCCGGGAGCUAAGGAAUACAUUAACGGUGGCUGUUUCAAGAGAGAAGUACCGUUGCUAGACGAAACCGUCGUGCUCAAAGGAUUGGGUCAUUUCCUCCAUGAAGAAGACCCUGACGUGAUCAACCAACACAUUCAUAGCUUCUUUCACAAGUUCCUCUAAAUUCACAAAUCACAACUAAGUAUCCACGCAAUAAAAUCGUUAUUUAAAAAAAAUAAUAAACCAACUAUAAACAAUAGUGUGCUUUACCACUACAUAUUAUCCAUUAAGAAAUUGUUUUCCCUUGCAGCUAAUACCAAUUCGAAAAUAUUUUGUUCUA